AUGAAGGCCUUCUCGUAUCUUACAGCCUUGCUGUGCAGCUUGUCAACUACUGUACUUGCUGCAAAGUCGUUCUCGGCAACCAACCUAUACUACGCUGCUGGGCUUACUGACCAACAGUCGACAUUCUUUCUUAAUGGCCUCAAGAGUGCUGGUGUCAAGGUCUUGCGUGUGUGGCUUGAUGGCCAGUCUGGCAACACCAAGGGAACCGAGAUCGAGAGCUUUCCUGGUCUACAGGCAGACUCGCCUUCAUCAUAUGACGACACGGUUCUGAACCGUCUGGACAAGCUUAUGGUCAAAGCUAAGGGCUACGGUAUCAAGCUCCAGAUCUCUAUCCAUAGCUAUAACGCCCUGGAAGGCAACCGUGACUUUUACGGGAAAUACUACGGCACUGGCGACUUCUACACGAACUCCAACGCGAUCAGCCAAUUCAAAGACCGUAUCGCUCAUGUUCUUGCACAUGUCAACCCCGCAAACGGCAAGACCUGGGCUCAGAGCUCUGAAUACAUAUUUGCAUUUGAGGCCCAAAACGAGGCCAUGCACCCACAAGGUAACCCUACCGCGCUAGCAUCAUGGCAAUGCACCAUGGCCAAAGCGAUCAAGGAUAACAUGCAAAACAACCCGAACAUCCUUGUCACCACGGGAGGGGGAGCCUACCUUUCCAAUUCCCUCCUCGAACCCUAUUUCUCCUGUAGCUCUCUCGACGUGCUCGCAAUCCACGCCUACGGCGUCGGCGACUUCAAGACCUCUGCGCUCCAACCAUACGUCACCAAAGCCAAGAAUGCGGGCAAGAAGCUCAUCAUGCAGGAAUGGGGCGCAUGCUACACGGAUGCCUCCAAUAACAACUGCAACGGUGGUUCGCCAGUUAGCUCUGGGUCUAGAGACAACAACAUCAAGAUGUGGGCGUCGCAAAUCGAUGCUGCGGGUAUUCCGUGGUUCUAUUGGCAGAUCCUCCCCAAUCCUGAUCCACAUUACGGCUGGGACUACGAGGUCGGCAUCAAUGAUGUCAACUGGAACUCGCUGAAGGCAGCAGGUCUUGCUGCUGGUCAGGCUGAGUCGGCGUUUGACUUCAGCAAGUGGCUGUUGUGA